AUGAAGCUGUUUGGAGGAUCUGAUAGGAGAUGGAUAAAACAACUAGGGAUAUAUCUCCAGGUUUGGAAUGAUCGCCACGGCAGACUUGUCGGGACUGAUGAUGAUCAUGUUGGCGAGCCUACAGCAGAUCCAGAGUAUCUCUUGUGGUACCAUCAGGUUAUUGUAAAGUAUGUUACGGAUCCGACGGACUCUGAAAACACGAGGGGUUUUCACGGCUCUGCAGAGACCUUGCGCCUCAUGGCCACUUUGAUGGAGGACGUUCGUAGUCUGAGUAUUAUAGGCCAGUGCACUUUCGACAAGGAUUCCUUUGGUUAUGAUCGCUUUGGUGAGAUUGCCCAGUUGCUGAGCGGGCGUUGUCCGUCAUUGCAACAAAUGUUGUACGUCACGAUCUCGAGAGGCAGGUUGAGGUUCCUGCAAAGUUCUCUAGAUGGCCAGUCCAUACAUUACACGAGCAACUUUCUUUCGAGUAUGUUUGAGGGUGUUGCGGGUCAGCAUCAGGCUGAUGACCUAGCUGGAGGUGAGCAUGAGAGUCAGGGUUAUCAGCGCCAUGAGGAGCAGGAAUCGAGUCAGACUCUAGGGACUCCAACGUUGGCUGUGAGUAAAGGCCAGAGAGUGACAAAGGAGCCCGAUAGAUUGACUUAUAGCCAUUUUCGUGCUAAAAAGUCCAAGAAGAAGUAG